GCAGUGCUUGCGUGGAGUGUGUACCCUGGGUGAGGGAGUCACCGCUGCCACAGCACCCAGGAAAGCACCCUGAGACAGCCCAGUAAGGGGCAAAGGGACUAAACCAAGCCAAGGAUGCCUGUGCUGGGGCUUGGCAUUUGCUGAGUUUCAUGGAGCUUGUGUUUCAUGCUAGCCAACAAGUGCCCCCCUAUGCUCCAUGCAGGAGACAGAUUGGCAGCUGGAGAGUAUAGGUUAUCACAGCAGUUGUCAAAUGUACUGCACAAUGCUGGUGUUUGAAGAGCUAAAGGGUGACAUAAAGCUGGGUGCAGUGUGUGGAGCAUGAGCCCUUUCUAAAAUGUCUCUGUUGGAAAAAAUGUAAUGCAAAGGGAGAUGGCACUGAUUUAAUUUGGUAUAGCUGCAAGUGUACUUUGGGCAGCAACCUAGGAAAAUACUCCAGUAACAAUGGAAGGUAAAUGGCCCUCUUGGUUUGUAUUGUCCCUGAGCCUUGCUAAUGAAGUAACAACACUGAACAUCCUCUGAGAGAGAAAUAAAAGACCAUCCCAUAUGCCAGCACGGCCUGCCUUCGGCCCGGCCUCACCCUUGGCUGGCUGUGGAUUGUGUCCGCAGGCAGGUCAGGUUACCUCCUUGUAUAGCCCUUGCCAUGGCAGGAGGCAGGAUCAUGGCUGAACAAUUGCUCUGCUGUUAGAUUCAGUCCCACCAUCCCCUACACUAUUAAAAAAUGGACCCUUAGUGAAGAGUUGUUUAGAUUUUAUUUAUUUCCCUGAGAAAAAACACAAGCCUAUCUAUGGAUUUUAAUUGCUAUGGAGAUCUGAUGCGAAUUAGAGGUAACUUUAUGCAGACAAUCUACAUCUUUCAUUCACUUGCAUAUGGCUUUUGCAACAUUACCCUUUAUGAUAGUAAAUCUGUCAAAGCAUUUAUAUCCUGAGAUAUUUUUCUGGAAGCCUGGGGCUUGACAGGAGACCAGUUCCAACAUUGUGAGACAUUUGCGGGAACUUGUUGCAGACUGUAUUGUUCUGAAACUUGCACUUUCUUCCUCAGAACUGUCCACAGAAGUGCUCUGAAUCCUAUUUGCAUCCACACACUCCUGGGAAGCUGUGGAAAACCCACUCUCUUAGCCAGGCAUAUUGGACAAACUUGCUUCUUCCUGCUGGAUUUUACAAGCGCAGACAAAGCUUGAAAACAAAACAAAAAAUUCAUCAGUAACACCAGCAGCCCUUCUCUGAACAUGUGGGAUGCUUCCCUGGAUCCCUGCUCAUUUCCUGGAGGGAAACUCAGACACACCACUUCAGGGCUGUCCUGAAGUGUGUGGAGGGUUUUAUUUUUCCUCUCUCUCUCCUUCUUUUCUUUUCCCUCCUUCCUUGUGUUGAUUUGUGGGGCCAGAAUGACUUUGAUUUCAGCAAGUUUGCUGUUUAUUCACGUCACAAGUUUGACAGCUUUACACCAAAUCAGAUUGCUGGGUUUCAGGAGAGCUCUGAGGCGUCACUGGGAGCUCCUUUAGAUUAAACUCGCCUCCGUGGUUUCCCCCCUCUCCCCCUCCUUCAGAGCCAUUUAAACCUCUCUGGGGCUUUAACAGAAACGUGCUUCCAAGACCUGCAUUUCAUUCUGCCACUAACAUGGUAAGUGCUCUUUGCAUUUCUCUCGACCUGUAGGCAGGAAAGGAGAAGAUGGUCUCUUCGCCUUGUGGGCUUGCACUAGGUUUUAUGCCUUCUUUAAGAUGGUGAAGGAAGACGGUUCUCCUCUACCUGCAAGAGCAGUUUCUGCUGCUGUGCCUUCCCAUGGGUGAGCAGAUUCCCUGCUUGAGGUUCCAGGCUCUGCCGUUGCCUUGCAGAGACUUAGAGCUGGUGCAGAUCGGGUUUAUUGGGAGAAGGGAAAAGGGUGAAUCCAGAGACAAUUCAGGGUUUGCCACUGUACGGGCUAGGACUCCUGCAGAACUGCAGGGGCAGAAGAGAGUACGAGCAGCCUUGGAGGUGACACUGCUGGCUUUGUGCUGCUUCAAAACUGAAUCAAGCCCCUAAGGUGGGAGGAACGCCCUGGCCAAGGACAGCCUGGGUCCUCCCUUCCUCUUAAACCCACUCAGGACCGUAGUAUUUCCCAAGGGAUUGCAGGAAACUCAGCCACCUUCCUGGCAUACCUUUAAUUGGAGCCCCUCUGUGGCGGGGGUCUCCGGCGGGGGGAGCACUGCCCAACGCCCAGCGGAGGCAGCAGGGAGAUACGGUGCCACCGGGCGGAGGGUGAGGGGGGAGAGCGGGCAGCCUGGUCAGGGCUGGGAGCUCCCGCGCCUGGCAGAGGCAGCCGGGGCUGCGGGGCUGUCCUGCGGCAGGUACCAGAGCAAACCCCGGCUGGGACAGGAGCAGGCGGAGAGCAGGGACCAGCCCGCAGCGCAGGGGUGCCUCUCGCCGGGAUGCGGUGGGGCAGGAACGGGGCUGACACCGCCUCCCCUCGGGGCCCGCUGCAGCCCGGGGGCUGGCCGGGCGGGAGGGGAUAACAGUCUGCCGAGCGCCCCAUCGCCAUGGUCCAUUGCCUCCACAGAGCACCGGCCGGCCGUGCCCGGAGCCAGGGUUCGCCGGGGUCCCGGGCUGCGCCUGCCCCUGGUCUGUCCCAGCUGGUGUUUCCAAGGAGACCUGGGCUGCCGCCUGCACCGCGGAGCCGCCCCCGAGCCGGGGCCGGGGGGAAACGCCGGGUGAGUGCGCUCCCGCCGCCGGGAAGGGGGGUGGGCCCGGCCACGGCCCCGCUGCCGGGCUGGGAGAGGAAGUGGGAGCGGGCUAACCCCUCGGUGUGCUCCGCUCCAGGGCAGUUCUGCAGCUCUCAGCUCGGUGCUCAGGACGCGGCAUGGCAGGGAGACCAGCUGUCCUCCCAGCUCUACAGGAACAAACAGCUUCAAGAUACUUUGCUUCAGAAGGAAGAGGAACUUGCUAGGUUACAUGAAGAAAAUAAUAACCUCCGACAAUACCUGAAUUCUGCCCUGAUUAAGUGUUUAGAAGAAAAAGCCAAGAAACUGCUUUCCUGCCAUGGCCAAAAAAACUGUGCUAUUCUUAAAAGCACCAAGAGGAAAUUAAAAGAGUACCACUGCUUUGCUCCUCAAGAAUCUCCUCAUGCUUCCAAAGCCAGAAGGAGCCUCUUUAAUGAAUUCACUGCCUGUGAAGAGCAAGCCAGCCCUGCUGUAGACAGCUGGGUCUUGCAGACUUUAGGAUUAAAAGAUGUGAACACCAUUGAUGAAACUUCAGCUAACUACAGUGCCCUCUCCUCAGACCUUGGAAAAGACAUGUACUGCCUAAGCGCUGGUGAAGCAACAGACUAUGACCACAGUGAAGGAGCAUCAGCAGCAUAUAGCUGCAGCCACCUGCCUUCAGCUAACAACAGCACCCAUCCAUGCAGUGAGGACUUCCUUCCUCAGUUUUCUUCAGCAGAAUGUGUCUCAUCCGUGCCAAGCAUUUCCUCCCUCCCAGCCUAUGGGUUGCCUUAUUUGACUGCCAAUUUGUCACCCAACAAAACAGAAAUGGCCUUCACAACAUCACUAAGUCCUCACCGCAAUGUGAGAACACACACCUUCCACCAAGGACAAGCCUUUGUGUGCAGGGAUGAUGAUGGAGGAUGGAGAUUCACCUGGGUGCCCAAGCAGGCUGAAUAAUGCACCUGCACUGAGGGUCAGCCGUAGGGGAUGAAGAAGACAGACACUUAAUCUUGUGCUUGAGACAGAUUCAUGCAUCAAAAAUGAGCCCUUCUGGGCUCUGAUACAUGCUCCUCUGUC